CCGGAAAUGAAGCUUUUAAUAUAUUCAAUUCCCAUUUUCCUUGUUCAACUUGUGGUAUCCAAUGCAGACGUUAUGAAUGGAACUAUGAAAUUGAUGAUGGUUCAGGCGAUUUGGAGGCAUGGAGAUAGAACACCAACUGAAACUUAUCACAAUGACCAAUUUACUGAAAAUUAUUGGAUGUUUGGAGGAGGUGGUUGGGGACAAUUGACUCCGAUUGGAAUGAGGCAACAUAUGCAGUUAGGCCAAAAGCUGAGAGCUCGCUAUGUUAACGGACAACCGUAUAAAUUCCUAAACACACGAUAUAACCAGCAAGAGAUUUUUGUGAGAUCCACUGACAAAAAUAGAACUCUACUCUCUGCAUUCUCAAAUAUGGUUGGAAUGUAUGGAAAUACGGCACAGGAAAACGCAUCCAUUGCAGGUGUUGACUACCCCGACGUAGUUGGUUGGCCGGUUGGCUUCGUGCCAAUUCCUAUUCAUACGAUACCAGACGCAGAAGAUCAUCUUCUAUCCGUCGAUAACUACUGUCCACUUCAAGACACAAUUUGGAAUCUUGCCAAAACAACAGACACAGUAUCGAAUUAUUUCAACAGUUCUGCUGUAACAUCGCUUAUGGGAAAUCUAACAAAUUAUUGCGGAGAAGAGAUUAAUCCAGAUAAUUUAUGGAUUCUUUAUAAUGCACUUAAGAUUGAGAAACAAUAUUAUCCAGCUCAGUUCAAACAAUUCACACCAUGGUACACUGACAGUUUGUUUGAGCAAAUUGAUAUUGUCAAUUCGCAGGUUCAAGAUUUUCAAAAUGGUUUGGGUUUGGAAGGAAAAAUGGUAAACGGAAUCGACAUUGGAAAGAUUCUUCGAAAGAUUCGUGGUGGGACUCUAGUCAAUGACAUCUACAAUCAUAUGAAUAGGAAAACGCAAUGUUCAUCAAAUAAUGGAAAAGAGUGUACUUACACGAAUCGAUUGAAAUUUUUCGCUUAUUCAGCACACGACACAACCCUCUACGCCCUUUUUUCAUUGCUCGGUGUCGCCAAAUUGGCUGUGCAGCCACGUGGAUAUCCUCUCUAUUCUGCAUGUGCUCUUUUUGAACAAUGGCAGGAUGUGCAAACGAAUCAGACUUAUUUCAAGUUGAUCUACCAUCGUCAUGAAAAUGAUACUCUGAGCAAUGUGAUUACAUCAGGAAUUCCUGGAUGUGAGGGUAGCGGCGACUAUUGUCCAAUGGCAGUGCUCAAAAACUAUUCCGACGUUUUCAAACCUGAAAUGGAAAUGAACCAGUGGUGUGAUGUCAAUAUUCUGAAGAGCACUUCAACUUCAUCAAUCUUCUCAUCUCUUCUGGCGUUCUCAAUUUUUUAUUUAUUUGUUUCAUCUAAAUAAUCUUUUAUUAUAUUAGAAUAAUAUUGAUACUUGUAAAUAAAAUAAAAAAUGUA